AGGAAGAAACAACCACUGUUCUUUGAAAUGAUUCAACAACUAUCAAUCUAUCAAUCUAUCGAAAUAUCGAAAUCUAACUUUAACAGCUUCAAUAGGACGACUGACUCUUUAUCAUCUUCAUGCUUGAUUGAGAGAGAGAGAGAGAGAGAGAUCAAUCCAUAUAAUAGUAGAAAAAAAAACAUGUCAAUGUCAAUCAAUCGAUCAAUCAAAACGACAGCUUCCUUUUUUUUCUUCUUUGCAUUUAUUAUUAUUAUUAUUUUUAUUCCCUUAUGUUCAAUAAUAUGA